UUGUUUUAUCGUCAUAGCUGCAAAGUAGAGUCGAGUCUCACUUAUUUGGAAUUUGAUUACUACUUAUGCAUAAGUACAUCUGAUUUUUCUUUGCUGAUUCAGAGAUACAGCUAUUUAAGUAUAAUGAGAGUCGCAUCGUUACUUUUUCGCGCUGCUCUCGAGUUGGUAUAAACGAGCCGAAUUCACCACAAAAACACAUAUAUAAGUAUAUUCGGUCCACUGAAAUUGAAUAACAGUUUGCCCAAGGGGGUGGUGUUUAUAUAGUACCGUUCGGAUAGCUUCCGUAUACCUUUGAAUUCUGGCUUCUAAAGAAUUGUUAAGUAAAGUGGGCGCGUUUAAAUAUGUCGCCUCAAGCCAAAGUUCAAUUAAAAAAAAAAAAACAUUUUUGAGUAAAAUCUUUACCCUACACAAUAUCGAUGUUUUCGGGUUUUAACACCACCGUUUUAGGGGACAAUGUACAAUUGUCACGUCAAAUGCUUCCACUUUGCCGGCUUUGAUCAUCAUAUUUUUCCUCCUCGAUAAAAAUAGAAUUUGGCCCGAAAUCUGGCGCAUUGAUCAACGACGCCCACGAACGGCACUAGCGGGCGGGGGAGAAAAAUGCCGUGGGCCAACGUGAAAUGCCGUCGGGAGUAGACGCCGCGGUGGACAUGGUGUCGAAGCAAGAUGACGGAACCACGAGCACCGGGGAAUCGGGGACCGGCGAGGGGACGACCAGCCCGAACAGCGCCUCCACGGACGACAACGUGUGCAGACAGGGGGAGAGCAACGACUCGAACGAAGACGCCGGCACGACGACCAGAAACGACAAUUAUGCGUACAACAACGUUGCCGAGGCAAUGAACUUGGACAACGCCCCGUUGGUGUUGUCCCUGAGCCAGCGGGGCUCGGCCGUCGUGGUGGAAAUCGACGAGCCGACGGGGAGCGAGGAGAACGACGCGGAGAACAACGUCACUGGGCCACCCGAGACGCUAAUCUACGGGGAUUCCACUUUGGCUGCCCGUAACUUCACCACGGACAACACGACGCAGACGUCGCUGCCGGACAUUGUGUCCCAGCUGCCCAAGAGCGAGCCCAACCGGAAACACGUGGCCAGAUGCAUCGCCGAGCCCAACAACUUGCACCACCAGAAUGACUUGGGUGGCAACUUGCAACAACCGGCAAGCAGCAGCGGAGCAAGUUCAACCACGGCAACAGACAGGUCGGGCGACAACAGGGAGCACCGACCGAGGCAGCAGCCAAGUGUGGAUGACAGAGCUGCCACCGGCGCAGCCUCUACAACCGUGCCAGCCCCGGUGUUGAGCGCUACGGAGGUGGGAGCAGCGACGGCUUUCGACAACGUCGAAGAUGACGAAGAUGACGACGACGACGACGACGACGACGACGAUGUCGUUCUCGUCAAUUGCGACAAGCCGUUCAAGCUGCCCAGUCUGGUGAACCUGUACGAAGCGGCCGAAGCGCAGAGAGCCGAGCUUGAGGGCCGCGAUCUGCCCACCGUUGGACAUCAGAAUAUCGGCACGGACAUGUUUGCCGGGGAGAGCAGCAGCAGCAGCAGCAUCAGUAAUAAUAGCAGCAGCAGCAACAGCAGUAGCAGCAGUAGUAGUUCUAGUGCAGCCGAGUCUCUAAUGCAACCACCUACCGAUCAGCGUAGAAACAAGACUGCGACUGAGGUGGCAAACGGCCAUGGCCGCGAGGGAGCCGAGUACUACCAGCUCUGGCGUAGCACCGGGGGCGUCUCGUCCACCUCGUCCACGGAUGGGGUUUACCACACCCUGUAUCCGAAUCCACCUCCGCUGCCACCUCGAGCGGUGCACAAGCCCUUGCAUCGGACGAACGUGCCGUUCAAGCUACUCAGACGUCAGGCCCAAAAGCUACCGGCGAUGCAGCGCCCGGAGGACUGCUUCAACUUCGAGAUCGUCGACGUCGACGAGGCGGCCAAUUUGGAGGCCCGCACGGCAGUGACAAAGAGCAUAGCGCUGCUGAGUUCGCCUCGUUCGCAUCACCGUCCGCUGUCGAGGCCGGAGACAUCGGCCUCGUCGAGUAAUUCGCAAUCGGAGUGUCCACCCACGCCGACACAUCGGCCGAAACCUCUGCGCCCGCUACCCAUGUGUCCUACUCUCGCUACGGCCGAAGAAUCUCUGCCCUCGUCCUGGGAAGCACGAAUCGACAGCCACGGCCGUGUUUUCUACAUCGACCACAUAAACCGCACAACUACGUGGCAACGUCCAGGCUCAACGUCGCGAAACGCUGGCUGCGACGUGCGCUUGCAGCACUUGGACCGGCGCUAUCAGAGCGUCCGUCGAACGAUAUCGCGUCCGGACAACAUUGACCGCGAACCAGCGAGCAGCUCGAGCUCGUCACUGCACUCUGGACAACAACAACAACAACAGUCGCAGCAGCAACAACAGCCCGAAGCGUACGACAUAACUCGGACGCCGGCGGUGCAGUUCCUCACGAGGCCGGACCUCUUCACCGUCCUUCACACAAACACCGAGGCCAUGGAGUGUUACAAUAGAAACACGAGCCUCAAGUACAUGAUCAGUAAAAUCAGGCGCGAGCCCAGAGUCUUUCCAAAGUACGAGCACAAUCGGGAUCUCGUGGCUCUCGUCAACUUCUUCGCCGACCAGAGCAAAGAUUUUCCAACCGGUUACGAAUCGAAGCUCGACAGGACCGGCAAGCGCUUCUUCAUAAACCACAUGCGAAAGUCGACGUCGUUCAUCGAUCCGCGAUUACCAACGGAGGCCGCCCAUCCGCGCACAUUACCGGACGAAGCGCCGAUACCUCCGCCCCGGCCCCAACAAUCGAUGACGACGAGCGCGCCCGACAUACCCGUGGCCUACAACGACAAGGUCGUCGCCUUUCUGCGCCAGCCCAACAUCAUGGACAUACUGAAGGAGAGGCACGCGGGCCUCGGUCAGAACGUCGCGCUACGCGAAAAGGUCAACGCGGUGCGCAUCGAGGGCACAGCCGCGCUCCAACGCUUAGGCCACGACGUACCGCUGGCUCUGCUCUUGAGCUUGUUCGAGCAAGAGAUCAUGUCGUUCACCGGUAACGUUGGCAGAUCUCCGCUCAACAGUCCGCACGCGUCGCCGGGUCUGGCGAGGGCGUCCGCCAGAGCACCGGCCCCCUACAGGCGGGACUUUGAGGCCAAGCUGCGCACGUUUUAUCGCAAGCUCGAGAGCAAGGGCUACGGUCAGGGCCCCGGCAAGUUGAAAUUGCACAUUCGGCGCGAACACCUUCUGGAAGACGCGUUUACCCACAUAAUGGCCGUGUCGAAGAAGGAUCUGCAAAAGGGCAAACUGGUCGUGAUAUUCGAUCGCGAGGAGGGCCUCGACUACGGGGGUCCGUCGCGCGAGUUCUUCUUUCAUCUGUCGCGGGAGCUCUUCAACCCGUACUACGGGCUAUUCGAGUACUCGGCCAACGACACGUACACCGUCCAAGUCUCGCCAAUGUCCGCCUUCGUCGACAAUUACCACGACUGGUUCAGGUUCUCGGGUCGCGUGUUGGGCCUCGCGCUCGUUCACCAGUACCUACUCGACGCCUUCUUCACGCGGCCGUUCUACAAGGCGCUGCUGCGUAUACCCGCCAGCUUGAGCGACCUCGAGAGCCUGGACCAGGAGUUUCACCAGAGCUUGAUGUGGAUCAAGGAGAAGGACAUAAGCAUCGAGCCCCUCGAGCUCACCUUUUCCGUCACGGAGGAGCUCUUGGGUAGAGUCGCUGAGCGUGAGUUGAAGCCCGGCGGACGGAACAUCUCGGUUACAGAGAAGAACAAGAAGGAGUACCUGGAGCGCAUACUACGCUGGAGGCUCGAGCGCGGCGUCGCCGAGCAAACCGAGUCCUUGGUCCGAGGUUUCUACGAGGUCGUGGAUCCUCGGCUGGUGUCGGUCUUCGACGCCCGCGAGCUCGAGCUCGUGAUCGCCGGGGCCGCGGAAAUAGACCUCAACGACUGGCGAGCUCACACAGAGUACCGCAGUGGCUAUCACGACGCACACCCGGUCAUCGAGUGGUUCUGGAGCAGCAUAAGUCGCUUCACGAACGAGCAGAGGCUGCGGCUGUUGCAGUUCGUCACUGGGACUUCGAGCAUACCGUACGAGGGCUUUGCGGCGCUGAGGGGCUCCACCGGGCCCAGGAAAUUCUGCAUCGAAAAGUGGGGCAGGCCAAACAGUUUACCCAGAGCGCACACGUGCUUCAAUAGAUUGGAUUUGCCGCCGUAUCCAACGCCGGAAGUUCUCUACGAAAAACUGCUUCUGGCGGUCGAGGAAACUAAUACGUUUGGAAUAGAGUAAGCGGAGUGUUUUUGGAAAAAUUCCUACGGCAAAACUGCAAUUUCUUUUAUCCGCAUACUUUAUAUGAAGUAUAUGAUGAGCUUUCAUUGUCUUUUCCGCUACUUACAGCUUUGAUUCAAUUGAUAAAAGGAACGCGAGUUGUUUGACACGGCAAAGGAAACGGAAAAUGUGGAGUAUGUUUGGGUGUAUUUUUAGAACGGAUAGUUUUAAAAAAAAGUAGUUAACCAAUCGGUGCCCAUUUUCGUAUCUUCGUUUCAUUACUGAAACACCAGAAAAAAAAAAAUAAAUAAAUAAAAAAAUAAAUAAAUAAAUAUGCCUUGACAGAAACUGAUGAACAAAAAAUCAAUAAUGUUUUGACUGAAUCACUGCCUUUGUCAGAUAAGGAAACUAACAACGAUAUAAAGAAUCGACACAAGUGUAGAAACAUUAAGCUUUUGUAAGCUCUCGAAGAUGGAUGAGGAGGGAGAAGUUGAAAGAUCGCUGUUGCUUGGAUUAUUAUAACUAUUGUAGGCUGUACUAAUUUUCGGUGAACCGUAUAAUGUAUUACAUAAUAUGUAAGACUUAUACAUUCAGUUUUCGAAAAGUAGCCAUCUGGGAUUUUUUUUAAAUCUUACUGCAUAUAAUUAUAUGUGUACAAGAAGAGCACACAUUUUCAAAAGUAUCAUAACAGCUGAAAACUACCGUUACUUACUUUUCGUUGAUGGCAUAUUAUAUGUAUGUUAUAGUGGAGUACGACAUAUAUAUUUUUUUACUAUUUGAACUUGUAAUGAUUUUUUUUUGUUUUUAUAAGUUAAAUAGUGAAAAAGUCUCAUAAGACUGAUUAACAUUGUUAUUAACUUAUUUACGAUUGAAAGGUAAUUUGUUAUCUCGUACGAUUAGUAUAUACUUUGAUUUUAGUUUAUUUAAUUUAAUUGGGAGAUAAAUUAUAAAUGUACAUACAUUUGUAAAGGUCGAGUAGACUAUUUCUUCAAAGUUAUAUAUAUACAUUUCAAGGUACAGGAUAAACGCAAAGAAAAAAAUAAAGAGAUAUUUUAAAAACUACCCUGUAUUAAAUGUGUGUAAAAUAGGAUGUCGUAAGAAUACCACGAUAUUGAUUAUUAACAAUCGUACAAAAAAAAUAAUAAAUUUAAUUACGCGAUUCAAUGCUAAAAACUCUUUAUUCGCGCGCCUCACAAGAUGAGCGCCUGUUAUCCACAUAAGUACAAUUGUGAUUAGAAAAAAAAAAAAAAAAAAAAAACCUUAUGUAUGUAUUCCAAAAGUUAAUGUUUGCUAUGUGUUAGAACGUCGCCUUUUUUUCUUGUUACGAAGAGAGAAAAAAGUAAAUAAACGAUGCCUUUUGUUACGUUA